GUCUGAUCUGAGAUCAGCUCGAGACUCCGUCUGUCUGAUGCUGUAAACAAACGCGGAGGUUCCGGUACUCGGGCGAUAUUUAUGAAAUUCUAAGGAUGGAAAUAAGGCUUCCGAGUUUCACACAUCAUCAUGUUUUAUGGUGUGUUUUUGCGGUGUUUGUUUACGCGGGCGUGUUUGGCGUGUCGGCGAUAGACGUGUUCACUCCAGCCGAGGUGUUUGUUGAGAACGGGACCACAGCCACUCUGUCCUGUAGUUUUAAAUCUAAAGAGGUGAUCAGUAGUUCGGCGUCAGUGACGUGGUCUUUCCUUCCCGAGGGAGACACGGGACUGUCCACUACAAUCUUCUAUUACUCCGGUGGGAAGCCGUUUCCGGGCUCGGUGCCGCAGUUUAAGUCCCGUGUGGAAUGGGCUGGAGACAUGAACAAGAAGGACGCGUCGAUCCGUGUGAUCCAGAUGCAGUUUAAGGACAACGGGACGUUCAGCUGCGACGUGAAGAAUCCUCCAGACAUCUCCGGACAGAUGUCCAUCAUUAAAGUCAGGGUGGUCAUGAAAGAGUCUCUUCCUCAGACCAGCACGGCGGUGAUCGUGGGCGGCGUGAUCGGAGCCGUGAUCGGCAUCAUCAUCAUCGCUGUGGUCACGUACCUGAUCAUCAGACGACAGGAACCAAGGCACGACUACGAAGGCUGCACCUCGUUAGAGAGUGUGAGCUCACAGAACACUAGGGUGGGGAAGAAAGCGGAGUCUAGCAACGACAACUCCCGCUGCUCCAGCCCCUCCGCACCCGUACAGGGGCCGGUGAUUUACGCCCAGCUCGAUCACUCCGGCAGCAAGAACUCCUUCCACAAGAUGGAGCCGGUGGUGUACGCAGACAUCCGCAAGAACUAGAGCGCCUUGGCACGUGCAUCUCUUCAUCACGUCAUUCGGAGAUCCCGCGGGACGGACGUGACGGGUCAGACGGGUGGGUUAGUGGGUUAGUACUGGACUGAUGACGGCACGUGACCACAGACUCUUUCUUCUGUUUCUCUGUGUGUUUUCAUGUCAAUGUGAGUUUUUAGAGUAACACGUCGCAGCCGGAUCUCGCGCGCCGCGCGUCUCACCACUCAGACUAACCAGAUAGACUUUGCAUUGAGAAAAUGAUGUGUUUUGAAUGUUAUUGUUAUGAUAUGAUAUGAUAUGAUAUAUGAUCACCCCCAGUCCUCAUGAACGUCUCAUUAGAUUCUCAUUACUGGAGUACAGUACUCUUUUACUGUAUUCCAUCCAAAAAUACUGUGUUUUGCAUUUAAAUGUCCACAAUACCAUAGUAUUUUUUGGUCAAAUUCAUACAAUUUUUUUGUGUGAUUAUCAUGCAAAAAUGGACCAUAUUUUCAAGCCUUUAAAACCUUGAAUUAAUGUUUUUUCUUUUUGUUCAUUAUUUUCCAUGACACUAAGUAAACCCUAGAUUUUCAUUGCUGCUAUUAAAAUGUUACUGUAAUGCAUUUUUUAGUCAACACAGAAAAUAGCAUGAUGCUAUAUAUUUUGCAUAAGAACCAUUAGAGAUUUGUCGGAAAAUGUUUUUACAUUAACACGAUUUUCAAUUAUUCUUUAUUUUGUUAUUAAGUUAAAUGUCAAGUUUUGUGCGUUUGUGUGUUUUGCACACAUCUAUGUUACAUUUCAGCACAAAAUCAAACAAAAAUAAUGGUUUGCAUAGAAAAAAAAAGCAUUUCUAAAGGACCAUGCAUUAAUUAUGACAAUAUUUUUGUCUUAUAAAAAUAUUUUUUUUAAACUUAAAAAAAAAUAAAUAAAUAAAUUGCCAUAUAAGUAAUAUAUUUUGCAUGGUGAUCAGUUUGUGGGAAAAUAUGCUUUAUUAUUAUUAUUAUUAUUUUUUAAAUGUUUUUCAUGACUAAAUCAAAAUGUGGCUUGUGCAGAGAAAAUGAAGCCUGUCUAUCAUAUCAUGCUUUUUUUUAAACAUUAUUUUAAUGACAAUUAAGAAAUGUUGAUUUUAAUAACUGUACAAACUUUAUUUUCUUUAUUUUGUUGAGUUAACUUAAAAUAAUUUGUUACCCUGCUGCCUUAAUUUUAGGUUCAGACAACUCAAAUAAGUUUAGUACUAAGUGACAUCUUAGAUAUUUGAGUUGACUAAACAAAAAAUUUGGUGUUAAACUUAAAAGGUGUGCUUGUUAGCCAGCUGCCUUAAAAUUUUAAGUUGAAUCAACUCCAAUAUCUAGUACAAGUUGACUAAACUGUUGAGUUGACUGAACCUAAAACUAAGGCAGCAACACAUUAUUUUAAGUUGACUCAACAAAUGUUUUUUUACAGUGUAAUAGUAUUUUUUUUUUUUUUAAUCGACAUAGAAAUACAAUUAUGUAUAAAUAUGUUCAAUUUACAUUGUGUACUAUUUUUAGAUGAUGAGAUUUGCAUUUGCAUUGUGAUGUUAUUUUUGUUUUGUACAUGAAUUGUCCCAAAGAGCAGUGUAGUUUUUGUGUGCGUGGUGAGACGUGAUCCGCAUGCGCUCGUCUGCGCCGGUCCGGCUGCGUCUGCAUGUAACUGACGUUCUAACUACAGCUGAAAAUCACGGAGCACGACGGGUAAUCGUCACACGCCCGUGAUCCCAAACGCUCCAAAAGCUGCCAAACGGAGGAGGAGGACGGUUUGCACGUCUCAGCGGUUAGACUAGUUAGCUUGUUAACAAGACAGCACUAAUCAUGUUAGCAUAGGUGUGUAGAAAUGCCCAGUGUUAGUUUAGUCAACUAGACUGUACGUUCCGCAUUUAAUGCGUCGCUGCCAUUUGAGUUAAAACACUCCACUUUUAAGUCUUAAGUUUUUUUUAAAAAAUCUUCUUAUGUGCAUUUCAUGCGGUGUCAUAACUUAAGUUUUGUUUAGUUUUUUCCAAACACUAUCGAGACCAAAAUCAGCCGUGACUGACGGAUCAUUCCUUUGCGUUUCUGAUGCUGGAGUUGUUUUGUUACUUUUUUUUUUUUAAAUUUGCCUAGAUGAUGAUUAUUUUGUUGUACUGCACAUUCCAUGAUGCCUGUCGGUACUGGUUCGAUUCUGUACUGCGGUUGCAAAUCCUGCACUGUUUCUGAUCCAGACUGCAGCACUAUCGCAUCACACCAUCAUAUUAA